CGAGCAUCCACGCCCGGGCUACUCCCGAUAGCUAGACCGCUAAUUCCCCUGCCUGUCGCCAUGGGAGUCUUUACUCUCGUGAUCCACAUCGCUACAACACUAAAGGGCCAUUGCGCACUAUAUUAGCAGAGAAGAGGAAACGAGGCCGGCCCGUCUUCCCCAAGAACUCACCAUGGCAGGCCUCGUUGAAGACGUAGAGAAGCAAGCCGCGGUCACUCCUCAUCCAGGGACACUGGCCCCUGAGAAGAUGAGCCUCUCAACCAAGGGAACGGGGCCCAGUCUCACCUGUUCCGACACGCAGUCCUCCAUCGACACCGACCCCCUCUCACCCCUUCAACACGCCCUCGCCCUGCCCCUGGCCGCAGCCGAGGUUGAACAGAUCCCAUCAGACGACCUGGAUGAUGAUGAUGAGGAGGAGGAGGAGGAGGAGGAUAACGAUGGCAACCCCAAUCACAUCAGCAGGAGCAACAGCAACAACGUCAACGAGGACAAUAAGGACCCCCUCCACCUCACCCGCACCCGCACCUCCGUCACCUCGGCUGCAUCGAGACCUCUGGACUUUGAGGUCACCAUCGAAGCUGACGACCCAGAGAACCCGCGCAACUGGCCGCUCUGGUACCGCGCUUACACGGUGCUGUCGGUCUCGUACGCGACCUGGGUGGUGGUGCUCUACUCCACCAGCUACACGGCCACCAUCCCGGGCAUCAUGGCCGAGUUCGGCGUGUCGAGCCGGCCCGUGGCCACGCUGGGGCUGACGACGUACCUGCUCGGCCUUGCCGCCGGCAGCGUCGUCGUCGCCCCCAUGAGCGAGCUGUACGGCCGCCGCGUCGUCUACCUCGUCUGCCUGGGCCUCUUCGUCGUCCUGAUCAUCCCCUGCGGCCUGGCGACCGGCCUGGCCGAGCUGGUCGUCGUGCGCUUCAUCGGUGCGGUUUUCGGCGCGGCCAUGAUCUCCAACAGUCCCGGCACCGUGGUCGACAUCGCCGGACACGAGUCGCUGGCGCUGUGCAUGUCGUGGUACAGCAUCGCGCCGCUCAACGGGCCCGUGACGGGCCCGCUGAUCGGGGGCUUCGUGUACGAGAACCUGGGCUGGCGAUGGGGGAACUGGCUGGCCAUGAUCCUGGCCGGCGUCGCCUUCGUCAUGCUCUCGCUCGUCAAGGAGACGUACAUGCCCGCGCUGCUCAAAAAGAAGGCCGCCCGCCUGCGCAAGGAGACGGGCGACGACAGAUGGUGGUGCCGCCACGACCAGCGCAUCUCGACCCUGGAUCUGCUCAAGACCAACCUCGGCCGCCCGUUCGUCCUGGCCGCGACGGAGCCCAUCUUGUGGUUUUUCAACAUCUGGUCAGUCAAUUUUCCCUAACCCCUCCCAAAUCAAUCCCCGCCCCCUUUCCCCCCUCCACGCCCCUUUUUAUUUUUUUAUUUUUAUUUUUUUUUUUUCGUCUCCCAAACAUCCUCCCCCUUCGAAGCCAUCGAUCUCAUGA